AUGGUAACACUCGCGAAGGCCAAAUAUAUGGUUACGAGGAUACCUGAAGAUAUUGAGCCCUCUCAGAUUGAUGUAGACCACGAUGGAGUCAGGAUACAGUGGGCAGAGGAUGAACACGAAAGUUUCUAUCCAUGGGACUUUCUUAAAUUCUACCUGAACUCCGAUAAAAGAGCACCGGAGCCUAUUGAUAUUUCGGAGCACAAGGACCACAGGGUUCACAAAACUGGCCCCCAUCUUUGGAAUACCGGAUUUUUUUCGGCAAACGAAACUAAGGCCGUCGGCAGUUUGACGAGUUUCAUCAGGCGCAAUGGUUUUGCAUUUGUUACUGGAGUGCCAGUUGACUCGGCAGAACCAACUAAGAAGCUACUGGAGAAGAUUGCCUUUAUAAGACAAACACAUUACGGCGGCUUUUACGACUUCAUUCCGGACCUCGCCCAUGCCGACACCGCUUACACCAACAUAGAACUGGGAGCUCAUACUGACACGACUUACUUCACAGAUCCUGCUGGGCUGCAAGCGUUCCACCUCCUUUCUCACACCGACUUUGGCGCCGAGGCCUAUCCAGAAACAAACCUCGGAGGCAAAUCGCUACUUGUCGAUGGAUUCCAUGCUGCAGAUAUUCUCAAGAAAGAGGACCCAAAGUCGUUUGAUAUACUAAGCCAAGUCAAACUUCCGUGGCAUGCUAGCGGUAAUGAGGGGAUCACUAUAUCGCCUGACAAACCGUAUCCAGUUCUCGAGGUAGAUGAAAGCAGUGGCAAGACGCAUCGAGUUAGAUGGAACAACGACGAUCGUGGAGUCGUCCCCUUCGACACUGAAUACUCUCCAGAUGAGUGGUAUAGGGCCGCAAGGAAGUGGCAUGACAUCCUGACAAGAAUGUCUAUGAUGUACUGGUUUCAGCUCAAGCCGGGCAAUCUUCUAGUAUUCGACAACUGGAGGGUUUUGCACGGUAGAAGCGCCUUUACUGGAGUGCGAAGGAUAUGCGGUGGAUAUAUCAAUCGGGAUGAUUUUAUCUCGAGAUGGAGAAACACUAAUUACCCACGGGACGACAUCCUGAAGCAAAUUAUAGGCUAA